AUGGGACGCACUUGUCCACACUGUGGAAGUUCGGAAAUUGACGAUGACUCUGCACGUGGUGACUCAACAUGUAUGGCUUGUGGUACAGUACUUGAGGAGUCCACAAUUGUUUCUGACGUAACUUUCCAAGAAAAUGCUGGUGGAGGACAUUCACUUGUAGGUCAAUUUGUCUCUAAAGAUCGCGCUCAGACAAGCAAUCUUCCUGGAGUUUCUGGUUUACUUCAUCAAGAAUCUAGGGAAGUAACGCAUGCGAAAGGAAGAAAGUUGAUUGAAGAGAUAGCAAGCCAGCUGAGGAUAAGCCAGCACUGCAAAGACACAGCUUUUAACUUUUUUAAAAUGUGUGUUGCGCGCAAUUUAACUCGAGGUCGGGUGCGAUCUCAUGUCGUUGCAGCUUGCUUGUACAUGACUUGUCGAUUAGAGAAUACCGCACAUUUACUUUUGGACUUUAGCGACAUUACGCAGGUAAACGUGUUUGAUCUGGGUCGAACUCUGAAUUUCCUUGCUCGAUCGCUGCGAAUAAAUCUUCCAACCACGGAUCCAUGUCUAUAUAUUUUGAGAUUCGCUGUUCUUCUAGAAUUUGGAGACAAGCAGAAAGAGGUCGUUACGCUUGCUACUCGCCUAGUCCAGCGCAUGAAACGUGACUGGAUUGCCACUGGCAGACGACCUACCGGUCUUUGUGGGGCAGCCUUGGUUUUAGCAGCUAGAUCUUGCAACUUUAACCGUACAAUUGCGGAUAUUGUCAGAGUUGUUCAUGUUAGUGAAGCAGUCGUAAGAAAGCGGUUGGAUGAAUUUGGGCAGACUCCGUCUAGUUCUUUAACAAUUGAUGAGUUUGCUAGUGUUGACCUGGAACACUGUGAGGACCCACCAGCUUUUCAAGAGGCACGAAGGAAAUUACGGGCAUUACAGAAACAAAAAGAGGAAGAAACUAUCAAAAAAAUGGAAGCGCAGGCAAUGAACAGUUUUAAUUUAAUUUUUUUAACAUUUAAGAUGCAGCCUCUGGAAAAAGAGGUCGAGAUGGCGUUAGAGAAAAAACGAAAGGAGAAGUUCAAGAAGACCCCAUAUGCGAAAAUGAUGGUUGGGUCGCUCUCUGAAGAUGCAAGCACUUCUUCAGAAAUGGCGGAAGCUGAGAAAAUGGUCUGCAAUGAAAUUGUAGAUUACGUUUUUGAUGCUGCCGAUGAGUCUGCUGCUGAUGCACCUAAAUCUGGUAUGUCCUCUUGUUAUGCCCCCUCAUUAGAAAGUCUUGGUAUUAAGAAUCCUUUGAAGCCGCAAAUUGAAACGAUACCGGUGAAGAAUUCCGAUCCGGCUUCUUCUUCGCUGGACGAUGAAAUGGGCUUGGAAGUUUUAGAUAUUGACGAUGAGGAAAUUAAUACGUAUAUCCUCUCUAAUGAAGAAGCUGAGCUGAAAGCUCGAUUUUGGAUGAAGCUUAAUGGAGAGCAUCUGGCUGAAAUGGAAAGGAAGUGCGCAUUUUACUGUGAAUUAACGAAUUCCCAAAAGGAUCUUUACUUUUACAUUCUGUUGUCAGAAGGAGUGGUAUUGGAUUUCCUACUCCUAUGGAUAGCAUUUUUUGAGCUGUAUUUUAUAAAUUUGUAUGACGCAUUGAGAAUGAAUAUAACUAUUCAUUGUGGUCAAGUAGGAAGGAAACAGAGGGAAGAUGAGUUGAAGCAGCAAGAUAGCGAGAGCCAACCGAAGAAGCGGAAGCGGGCGUCUAAUGGUGUGAGAAAAAAGGAACCUAUUGUUGCUGCUACAGCCUUAGAGGCGAUGGAAAAAGUUAUAGCUGAGAAGAACUUGUCAAAGAAGAUUAACUAUGAUUUGCUAAAAGAAACUUUGACGGAAAGGGAGUUGCCGCUAACCGGCGAAGUAUUGGUGAAACCUGUGAAGAUGGAGCUGACGCCUUCCGAGUCACCAAAACUGGUCACUCAUUUGAAGGAGUCAUCAGAAAAGCGCCUACCGCUUUUACCCGCCAGAAGUAAAAUGCUGAGAAAGAAGAUUGCUCCUAAACUGAGCGCAGCAAAAAGAGAGCCGUCUUCAAAUAACUCUUCUGGUUUAGCACAAAAUAAAAUUAGCGCUGACCUCUUCAACGUUCCAAGUGAUUCAGCGUCAGCAAAGUGUUAG